CACAAAAAUGCGUGACCAUGUAUCCUUUGGUUCAACUUCUAACUUCAUUCCAUAUCAGCUAUCCCACAGAUACCCUUUGGUUUGACUUGCUUCUUGCCUUUUGAUUUUCAAAAUGAGUCCGUACAUGCUUUCUGUUGAGGACAGCGCUGCAGUAAGAAUCACCCUGUCCGACUAUGACAUAACAGAGAACGGAUUUUUACCCUCCCAAGAACCGCUCAGCGCGCUUUCGAACUCAUAUUAUAGUCAAUGGGAGGCCAUAGCAUCCAAUAUACCGGGGCUCAUUCGCUCUGGACAGAUCCGAGCCGAAGUGAAGCAACUACCAGUCUUGUCAACUGCAAAACUUCAUGACGAGACAGAAUGGCGGAGAGCAUACGUCGUUCUUGCCUUCAUCGCCCACGCCUACAUAUGGGGAGGAGAUAAACCGGAAGAGAUCCUUCCGCCAUCCGUUGCCAUACCAUUCACAAAGGUCUCGAAACACCUCGAACUACCUCCUGUCGCGACGUAUGCUGCUCUUUGCUUGUGGAAUUACCAGUCCCUGGAUAAGCCAAUAGAUUUCAUGUCCUCCGAGACGCUGUGCAUGGUGAACAGUUUGACCGGUACGGAAGACGAAGCCUGGUUCUACUUGAUCUCGGUCAUGGUCGAGGGACAAGGCGCUCGAGCAAUUCCGCUGAUGCUCAACGCCAUGCAAGCAGCCAGCCAACAAGAUUACCAAUUUGUCAUCGAAAGCCUGCUAGAGCUACGGGACGUAAUCAAAAACCUGGGCCGCCUUCUUGAGCGUAUGUACGAGCGGUGCCAACCCAGCGUCUUCUACCAUGAGAUUCGUCCCAUGCUCGCCGGAAGCAAGAACAUGGCAGUCGCAGGCUUACCUAGAGGCGUGUAUUAUGAUUCGGGGAACGGGCAGGGAGAAUGGAUGCAACUCAGAGGAGGAAGCAACGCACAGAGCUCUCUGAUUCAAUUCUUCGAUGCAGUGCUUGGAGUAGAGCAUGAGUCGACGGGGGAGGCCUCACCGCGGGCGGCCAAUACCACGAUAUCAUUUCACGAGGAGAUGCGUGCAUACAUGCCAGGAUCUCACCGCAGGUUUCUCGAAAAGAUCACCGAGGUCGCCAACAUCCGUCCGUUCGCUUUCGCCGCCAGCUCGCAUCCCAUGCAAGCACAACUCUUGGGAUCAUUUCAAGCAGCAGUUCAGGCUCUGAGCGAGUUUAGAGCCGUACACAUGCAAAUUGUGGCUCGGUACAUCAUAAUACCGUCCCGGCAAGCUGCGGUUCCCGGGAGAUUAAAUCUGGCAGUUGGUUCGCAAGCGGGUCAGCUAAAUGGCAAGACUCUAACAGGUACUGGAGGCACCGAUCUCGUUCCUUUCCUCAAGAAGACCCGCGAAGAGACGGAUCGGGCGGGGCAGGGAAGGCUUGUGGAUCCGUUUGAAGCGAACCGAGUAGCAUCAGAACGUAUGUAA